GAAAAUUUUUCGUUUGAGGUUAAAUGUCAAAAAAUGUGCUUUUCACCAUUUUCAGUCAAACGGUAAAUGAAAAUAAUCCAGUUAAAAAAUUGUGGAUCACGAAAUUAUCUAUAAAAAAUACAUCAACACCUUUUUUUCUACGAGCCACCAAUUCUGAGAUAUAACGAUUCAAGAAGUUUCCACACCACAUAUGAAGUAGUGUAAUUAGCGCGUGUUUUAACGUGUUUUCCCCAGAAGAUCUAUUCCACGGGGAUCGAUCAAGUUUAUGUCAAAUAUAUUUCAAGUCAGUUAAGUCAUUUGAAGUUUCAUCCACAUGAUACGUUAUUAAAAAUAUAAUAAACUACAAUGUUCGAAUUGCCGGUAUACAAGUGUACCAAGAAACUAUAUAAUAAGAUGCCGAACGAUGUUGCUCUUCCUAAUCCGACUAUUCCAGGGUCUUACCAACACGUUGGAAAAUCACCGUGUACCAAUAAUCUGUUUCGUGCUUACGAAGCUAGACGCAAAAGGGAUGUAGAAGAAAAAUUAAGGGAAGACGAGGGAUCAAAACUGUAUCAGAAAGGUUAUGUUUCUAUGAUGUAUGAUAACCACGUGGAAAAAAAACGGACUCAGAGAAGAAUACGAGAAAAAGUAGAACAGAAGAUACAAGAUUACGAAGAAAGUAUCAAUAAAAGAAGAGAAAAACUCCAAAAAAUGCUUUGUAUUGAAGAGAGAGAGUUCUAUCGAAUGACUGUUGAACAGGCCCAAAGAGGAGACGAAAGAAAAAUGGAUAAUAUGAAACGAACAGUUGAACAAAUCAGAGCCAAGAGGGAAGAAGAAAGAUUGGAACUUGUGAGAAAGAAGAGAAUUGAACAAUACAUAACUCGAUGUCAAGAUCUCAGGCCCGCUUUGUUGAAGAAACAUCUCAUUGAAUCCAAAAACGCUCAACUUCAACAAAUGAGAGAAAAUGAGGCAAAACGAGAGGCAAAUAAGGAACUUGAUAGAAUGUGGAAUGAAUUGAACCAAAAAGAGUUACGAGCCAAGAUUGAAAGGGAGGAAAGGGAAUUAUUAGCAGCAAAAGCACAGCAGAUAAAUGUACACGAGAUUUUGAAAAAACAAAUCAGGGCAAAGGAACUUCUGAAAGCGGAAGAGAAAAAAGUAACUAUGGAAGAUAAGAUUGAAAUCGCUAGACAUAUGGAAAAAACACGAUUAGAAAAAAUAGAAGAAUUGAAAAAUAAACGGAGGGAUGCAGAUUCGCUGCGUCAAGAUCUUCUCGAUCAAAUACGUACUAACCAAGAUAUUAUCGAGAAACGAAAGCGAGAGGAAGAGGCGAUUGAUCAGGCAUUUGCUCAUAUGAGCAAAAUGGAAAUGGAGAGAGAAAUGACAGCAUUCGAAGAAUCCGUGUCACAAAUGAAGAAAGAAACUGCAAUGUAUAAGGAACAUCUGAAGGAACUGAACGCAAGUAGAAAAAAAGAAGAAGAGGAACUGAAUGCGCUCCUAGAAGAGCAUAGGCAAGCGGUUCAAAAACAACAGGAUGAGGCAAAAUGCAAGAUUAUCGAAGCUAAAAGAGCUUUACAGUGUGACGUACAGAAGGGACGCGCAGAGCAAUUGGAACAUAAGAAGAAGGAAGCGGAAUACCAAUUGAAAUUAAAACAAGCUGAAAAUGAGCUACUCCGAUUAGCAUUCGAAACCAAUGCUUGCCUCCAAGCGGAAAGUGACCGUCUCGAGCAAGAAGCUAUUAGACAAUACAGAGACGAUUUGAGAAAGCAGAUCGAAUACAACAAUUUGUUGAGAGAAAGAGAACGACAAGAGCUGGACCGACAAUUACAGAAAGGUAAAGAGGAAGAGGAAUAUUAUCAAAAACUAGUUCAAGAGAUCAUACUCCAAGAGGCUGACAGACCAGGAAAUAAACAUCCAUUCAGAAGGGUUCUUGAACAAUAUGAUUGUAGAUGUCCAAUACCUCCAUUCUAGCAAUGAAAUAUAUACAAUUCAUUUCUUGUAUGGAACCAAUAAAAAAAUAUAUAUGUCCGUUAUUUUUCCAA